GCGAAGGGCCCUCCGUCAAUUCUAGCGCAGUGUGUUGUGUGUAGUAGUACACUACCAACGAAGCUAAGCGACUGGCUGGUUGGUUGUUCAACCAUGACCGUGAUAUAGAUGAACACCGCUCUGUGAUUCUCACAGAACCCUGAAACCAGAUUUCGCAGGUGGACUUCACAUGAACGCAGUCCUUAAGAAACAUCUCUUCAACCUUAAGUCUGUUUACGAAUUUCACUGCCGAUUUCCCCAAACUAUCAACCGACACUGAAGCUCAAAGGAUAGCAAACUGCUAGUUCCACUGGCUGCAAAACCUUUUUACCUUUCAACUCUACGAGGACAACAUUUCACCGAAUCGGUGCCAUCUCGGUCUGCCGUCUACACGCCACUCUGUUCCCAUGAGGAGACAGAGUAUGGCUCUGCUUAGCUCUGGCUACCCGGCCGCUUUCCAGGGCGGACUACCGUGCAGCGGUCUCCUCUCUAUAGGUGUGCCCGGCACGUCGGCCCAACUACCGUACCCAAAUCUGUCCCUGAUGAGGGUCCCACCUCACCUGCCCGUCGGCUUCACCACCGUGGCCAAUCUCUCCGCUGCUUACCUCCAGUCCGCCCAGCUAUCGGACUCGGAUUUCUCGCCAGUCUUGUCCAAACAUCACGGUCACCACCAACACCACCACCACCGUCAGUAUCCCCACCAACAACCACAGCUCCAUCACACCCAUGGACGGACUGCCAACUCCUCGUCCAAGCGCAAAGGUGUCACGAACUUCUCGAUUGCCGGUAUCCUGGGCCGGGACGACGAGGACUGCACGAAUCCCAGCGAGAAAUGCAUAGACGCUAGCCCGUCCAAGACGGCCGAGGUGCCCGAGGAGUCCCCGGCAAAUGGCCCGGGACUCGAGGCAAAGGUGCAUGUUAAAACAGAAUGCUUGAGCUCGCCCAAGGGUGAUGAGGAUGAAACGGACAACCCCCUCACGAGAUUCUCCUGGCUGCAGUGCACCAGAUAUAAACCGCCCCGAUUACCAAGAGCGAAGAGGAAGGACGGAGCCAAGAAGCGUAAGCUGGGCCGCAACCCCCGGGUGCCUUUCUCGCCCUCACAGGUCACCACGUUGGAGCAGAAGUUCCGUUGCACGCACUAUCUCAGCAGCAUUGACGUGGCUGAGCUGUCGGCAGCCCUCAACCUGUCAGAGAAUAGGGUCAAAAUCUGGUUCCAGAACCGAAGGGCUCGGGAGCGCCGUGACAAAGAAACAGCCAGCAAAGACACCCCGUCCUCACCGAGCCACAGCCUGAUGAAGCCCUGCGGCUCCCCGGCACCGGCCGCCGGGCCGUCCCCGCUGAUCGGCAUGGGACAUCCCGCACUGUCUCCCUCCCCCGUAGAUGGCUGUGCCUCGGCUUUCACACCGCUCUCGUACCCGUUCAGCCGUUAAGUGUUAUCCUACCGUUCACCAGCUUUGCAUGUCACAGUGUUGGUUAAACCAUAGCUCAGAAUCUCUCGUUGUUGUUCAAAGAAGAAACUUUUAGAAAUUGUACUUUAGAGCAUAAAAGUACUAAACUAAUGUACCAUUUUGUGUAUUGUAGGCGUACAAUGUGGAACGAGGCGAGUCGUAUUUUACACUGAAUGUUCAAAGAGUACCAUAGGUUAGGUAUAAAAAUGUUAAAUGUUUGCUAAUCUUUCAAUGAUUUUUUUAGGCAUGUGGGCACCGAUAAAGAAACACUGAUUUAGAUUUCAUUGAUGACAAGUGUUUGUUUCAAUCAUUCCAACUGUAUCAAAGUAAGUCAAGGUUUUCUUAAUUGAUAUAAACAAUUUACUUUCUUCUGAAAAAAAAUCCCAAGAAAUUGCUUCAGAGUUUGUUUGAGCAUACCCCUCAGAAAAAAAGAGAAAAACAUACCCUGCUGUGUUGGAGUCCGUAAUCGUCGUGUCCAUUCAUUUCAUACUUGUAUGACGGAUUGAAAAUCUCUUGGUUGUACCUGUCAAAGCUUUCAAAUUAUAUGCACCUAUAUAAUUGUACCUGUAAGAAAGAUGGCAUAUUAUUGCAUUUUAUGCUCACAUUUCAAUGAAAAAAAAAUCCAGUGAAGGUCGCCACUAAAAUUUGGGCUGGUUGAGGAUUUCAAAGGAAAAGGAUUCUAAAUUAUUUUUUUCAAGGUGAUUCUGAAAGAUAUUAAGAGGUACCAUUUAAAAACCACCCACUAAUCUGAUUCAAUAAUUUUGGGUGGAAGUUGAUGACUGCAUGUUGACCAUGUUUUAAUCCAACGGGCUAUAUUCACAGAAGGCAAGAGGGUGGUGUUAGAGCUGUUAAAUCCUUCAGACGCAAAGUGAAAAGUCCAAUAUGUUAUCGGUGGGAUAACUUCAGUUACCUAGUGAAUUGUAUCAGUGUAGUACAUAAACAUUAAAUUGUCGGUGAAUAAUGAUGCCAUGUAUAUAAAGAACAUCUUUAUGAGUACACUGUUUUGUAAGAUACAGUAAUGUAGAAACGUUGUAAAUAUAAAUUAAAUAUUGUUGAAUGGAAGAAAGUCAGAUGUUCACAUUCA